AUUAGAAUUAAACUGGGAGUUAAAAUUCUAAUGAAUUGAUUUAGAUGUAAUUAAAAUCUCUAAUUCCGUUUCAUUUUUGGCACUACCAAUUCCAAAUUCAUAUACUCCCUCCGUCCCCCUGUAUUUGUCCACUUUCAUUUUUACACACCAUCCAAUGCACUUCUUUAAUCCAUUUUAUCUUGUAAUUUGUAUAUUAAAAAAUUAUAAAAAUUAUAUAUUAAUAAUCUAUAUGUUAAGAAAAAUCAAACAAGAUCACACAUGACUAUAUUUAGGCUUACACAUUGAGAGAAUUUGAUAAGUCAAAGUUUAUAGGAGUGGAAAAAAUAAUGUCUGGGUUUUUCAGUCUAGGUGGUGGUAGUGGUGGUGGUGGAGGAGGAAAUAAAGAUCAGGAAGACCAAGAUCUUCUUGGAGGUGGCGGAGGCGGCGGGGGAGGCGGCGGUGGCGGCAAUAGUAGCCUCUAUCUUUUCAAGAACGAGGAGAUCUACAGCAAGGGUUUCGAGCUAUGGCAGCAGUACUACCAUAUGCAUCACCAGAGGGAGCCUCACCUCGUCGACUUCUCCGUCGGGGUGGGACACGCCGGCGAAAACCCUAGCUCUGCGGCUGUGACGGUGGCGGCCGCGGCGCCGGGUGGGAGCAGUAGCAGCAGCGGGAAUUUGGUCGGGGACGACCACCAGAACGUCGUGCAGUCCGGCGGUGCCGGCGGAGGGUACUCGUACAGGGUGGUGAGGCAGAGCGGGGGGACCAGCAGCGGCGGGAGCGGCGGCGGCGGCGGAGGAGUGAACUGCCAGGACUGCGGGAACCAGGCGAAGAAAGACUGCGCCCACCUGAGGUGCAGAACUUGCUGCAAGAGCAGAGGGUUCGAGUGCCAGACCCACUUGAAGAGCACGUGGGUCCCUGCCGCCAAACGCCGCGAGAGGCAGCAGCUCCUCCAGACGCAACAGCUCAGCCUCCGCGGCGGCGGCGGCGGCGAGAGCUCCAAACGCCCCAGAGAGAGCCCCUCCUCCCUCGUCUGCACCCGUAUCCCCACCGCUUCCUCAGGGUUAGAAGUGGGGACUCACUUCCCGUCGGAAUUGAACUCUCCGGCGGUGUUCCGGUGCGUGAAAGUGAGCGCGAUGGACGACGAGGAGGACCAAUACGCCUACCAGACGGCGGUGAGCAUCGGAGGGCACGUGUUUAAGGGAAUCCUCUAUGACCAAGGUCCGGAGACCCGGUACAACUCCGUUGGUGGCAGUGGUGGUGGCGGCGGCGAGAGUUCAGAGUUUGAGCGUGAAGAAAUGGAAGUGAUCAUGGCGGGAACGAUGCCUCCGCCGCCGUCGAGGCGUCGACACGGCCAAGGCGGAGAGAUCGGUGUGGUUUAUGAAGGUUCCACCAGCUGUCUCCUAGUCGUGGCAAUCUCAGGCCACCGCCUCCUUCGAUGCUACCCCCCAGUUCUCGAUCAUCUUCAUCCUGAUGAUUCUCUCCAGCUGAACCGCCGGAUAGUGAAUACACCACAUCUAUACCAUGUUAAUUUGAAUUUUGGAGUCAGACAUGAAGAAAGAAGGGAAAAAAAUUGUUUCAUCAUGCGAUCUCAAGAGUGCAUUUGAGAUAAGGAGACUGAAUUCAAAAAGACAAGGAGGGACCGUGACGAGCUGGAAGAUGUUCUGCAUUUAUGUUUAAACUUUUUGAAAGACAGCCUAAUUGGACCUUGAAACAGCUAAUCCUAGACAUUGAUCAACCUAAUUAAUUUUUAAGGAAAUACCAAAUGAGUCAUCUGUAUACAACAAGAGGGGAGUAAAUCAAGGCACUUAUGUUGAAGACCGAGUAUAAGAGAUCUGCAGAGGAUACAGCAAAAUAAAACAUCAAGCAUCAUAUGAAAAAGAGAUGGUAGGCAUGAUGAUGGUGGGGCUUAUUUAAGAGAUUUUCUAUAUUAGUGUGGCACUGCAGGACGACUAUAGAUCAAAGAGGUGACUUCCUUGGAUUGAUUAUUGAUAGUAAUGCGCCAUUGAAGUCGACCAGAUCCAGAAACAACGGCGAGGGAGAAUGCAAAUCGGCGGCAGAGGAAAUGGAAAUUUGUGGUGACUUGGAAGAUUUUUAAAUCUUAAAAAUUAAAUCACAACAAAAUUCACACCAGUCAAAGUAUUUGAACUCGCUGUGAGGAUUAUUAGCACUGUAGCAGUGGGAGGCAGAUCUCCAUGAAAACUUAUUCGGUUUUCAUGGUGGCAGCGAUGGAGAGGGGGGAUAUCGGCGGAGGAGGAGAAGUUAUUUCUCCCUUUCCAAACGGAUCCUAAGCUUUUUGCAAGCCCACUUGUGAGGGUGUAUGAUUCUAGACGGGCCCUUUGUCAAUUAUAAGGCUAUUUGAGGCAUGCUACAAGUAGCUGGAUUUUUUUUUUCUGAAAAUAAUAAUACUCCGUAAUCCAUAAGAAUCAUUUUUAAGAUACCAAUUGAAUCAUUUACUCGAUUACUCUGAAAAGAAAAAUGGUAAAGGUUU